AUGUAAUUUAACAUGGCGCCGGUAGAUAAUUCGCCAAGAGGAGAUAUGGGUGCUUUUGAUUAUAUAUAUUCAAUAAAAGCUAAUGAUACCAUACCGGUACAUAUUUAUAAGUCUACAGAUACCGGAAUUAAAAUUUGUAUAGCAGAUGUCGACGGACCUGUUGUAAAAGGCUACUUUUGUCUUGCUACUGAAGCACAUGAUGAUGAUGGACUACCUCAUACAUUGGAACACCUUAUUUUCUUGGGUAGUGAAGACUAUCCAUAUAAAGGUGUCUUAGAUUUACUGGCUAAUAGAUGCUUAGCAUCUGGUACUGGUGCUGCAACACAAGUUAAUUGUACUUACUAUACUAUGACAACUGCUGGUAGUGAAGGAUUUUUGUCUUUAUUGCCUAUAUACCUUGAUCAUAUUCUAUAUCCAACACUUACGUAUAAUAUUAGUGGUGAAGGUGAAGAUGCAGGUGUUGUUUAUUGUGAAAUGCAAGGAAAGGAAAAUAUAGGAGAAUAUAUGACAUACAUAGAAAUGUCUAGAACAAUUUUUCCUGGAAGAUGUGGUUAUAAGUCUAUCGUUGGAGGAGUAUUAAAGAAUUUAAGAGAAAGUACUAAUAAUGAAAAAGUGAGGCAAUAUCAUCAAGAAUUUUAUAGACCCGAAAACUUGACAAUAGUAAUUGCUGGCAAAAUAAAACAUGCAGAUGUGUUCAAAGCAUUGCAAACUAUAGAAAAGAAAAUAAUGGCAAAAGGAAAUAGAGGUUUAUUUAAAAGACCUUGGCAGGACCCUGUACCACCUCUUACUGAAAGUGCAGACUUAGAUGUGCAUUAUCCAUGUGAUGAUGAAGAUAAUGGAGUAGUAGAUGUUGCUUGGCGAGGGCCAUCUGCUAUUACUGAAAUAUAUGAUGUUACUGGUUGCACUUUGCUUUUAAAAUACCUCACAGAUACAUCAAUUAGUCCAUUGCAAAAAGAAUUUGUUGAAAUUGAUGAUGCAUAUGCUAGCAAUGUUGGUUAUUCUUACUCUGAGUACUCAGUAUCUGUACUGUACCUUGCAUUUGAAAGUGUACCAAGAUCAAAAAUUUCUCUGAUAAAAGAUCAAUUGCUAAAAGUACUAAAUAAUGUAUAUAAAAAAGGCAUUGACAUAAAACGAAUGAAGACGGUUGUUCAUAGGCAUAUCCUUGAAAUUUUUAGUGGAAUGGAAGCAGAUCCUCAUGAUAGUAUUGCAUAUAUGCUUUUUGGAUAUUCACUUUAUGGUGAUACCAAAGAAGAUCUAGAACAAAGAAUCAACAAAGUACAAGAUCUUAAAAAACUGGAAAAUGAACCACAAUCUUACUGGUUAAACCUCUUAAAAACAUAUUUUCUUGAUUCUCCAUUCGUAAUAGUUAAAGGAAUUCCUAGCUUAGAAAAGAAACAUGAAUUAACAGAGAAAGAAAAAAACCGCGUUGCUAAACAAAUUGAAAAUUUAGGUAAUGAAGGUCUUAAAAAAAAAGAAAAAGAAUUACAAGGAGCAAUUGCUAAAAAUGAAAUACCAAUACCAGAUGAAAUAUUAAGUUCUGUUCCUAUACCAUCUACUCACCUUAUUAAUUUCCAUCACAUUAAAAGUUACACAACAGAAUCAUGUAAACAACAUUCCAGAUUUGAUGUAUCAAAAUUGCCAUUUUAUACAUACUUGGACCACGUGAAUACAAAUUUUGUUUAUAUGUUCGUUAUUAUGAAUACAUCAAACGUUGAAACAAAAUACAAACCUUACAUUCCUUUACUAUUACAAACAAUUAUGGAAUGUCCAGUAAAACGAGACGAUAAACUUAUUCCAUAUGAAGAAAUUAUAACUGAAUUAGAAGCAGAUACUAUAAGUAAUGAUACUAGUCUUGGAGUUAAGAAUCCUUCAAAGUUUUUAUGUGGAUCAUAUAGUUACAGUGCCCUUCUAAAUCUUCAUCUUGAAAUAGAAAAAUAUGAAAAAGGCGUACAAUGGAUUAAAGAACUUUUAUAUGAAACUAAACUGACACCAGAUAGAUUAAAAAUAACAGCUGCAAAAAUGGUAAAUGAUGUUGCUCAAGUUAAAAGAAGAGGAUAUAAAGUUGUAAUAAAUUUGAUGCAAGGCCUGUUGUAUAAUAAGGAUAGCAAUCCUUUCAAUUCCAGCAUGUUGCGGCAACAAAAGUUUCUUAAUAAUGUCCUAGAUCGUUUAAAUAAUGAAACAGGGCAGAAAGAAGUUGUAUCCGAAAUUGAAUCUGUUAGGGAAAUUUUAACAUCACCUAAAAAUAUGAUAUUGUACAUAGCAACUAAUGUGGAUAAAUUGACUGCUCAAGUACCAAAUGUUUACAGUCCAUGGGACACUUACUUUCCUAAAUUCGAUACAUCAAACAAAAUUAAACUUGAAGCUAUACCUGAUUCGAAAUUAAUGACUCCUCCAGAUGAGAUUGCAUUACACGGUUGCGUUACAGGAUUAGGUUGUAUAGAAUCUUCCUAUUUACUUCAAUGUUGUCAAAGUAUAAAUAAUUGUCAGAGUCCAGAUUUAGCACCUUUGCUUCUCUGUUUAGAAUAUUUAAUUCAAUUAGAGGGUCUAUCUUAUGGGUAUGAUAUUUAUCUAAAUCAAAGUGAAGGUUUGUUAAAUUUAACGUUUUACAAGUCUACAAACAUAGUAGCAGCAUAUAAAGAAGCAAAAUCAAUUGUAGAAGCUCAUAUUUUUGAAAAUAAAUGGGAAAAAUUACUUUUUGAAUCGGCAAAAUCUUGUUUAAUAUUUAAAAUUAUUAGAAAAGAGCAGAGUGUACGUCACUUAGUAAUGUCGUCACUAUUAUCUUACUUUAAAAAUGUGCCUCAUGAUUACACUCAGCAAAUGGUACAACGCGUAUCUGAAGUAACAAUUGAAGAUAUGGAUCGCAUAGCAUCGCAAUAUUUAAAACCAUUGUUUGAUCCAAAAAAAUGUAGAACAACUAUUGUUUGUCAUUCAUCUAAAGUACCAGAAAUAAUUGAUGCAUUUAAAACACUCAAUCACGAUCUUAAGCCAUAUAAUACUCUUGAAGAAAGUUACCUAAAUGAUUGGUAA